AUGCGGAGAGCAACAAUGGCUGGAGCACCAUCUAAAUACUCCCUUUCUAUGGAUACGGGUCGUUCUACCCUCUCUGAAGACCCCCGUAAGAAACAGCGAAAUGUCCGCGACAAAGCCCACCAAAAUCAAUGUAUUGCCACUAUUAUGGAGUUUCUAAGCAAAAGAGACUAUGAUAGACCGAUCUCCAAUGCUACUCUAGCUAAUCCUUCCCUUAAAGACUUCCAAGCAAUCUUUAGAUUUAUUCAUUCAUUUAUUGAUACGACUUUUGAGUGCACCCGUAAGUUUGAAGAAGAAGUGAUUAUCUUUCUUAAAGGAAUCAAGUACCCUUACGCCUCAGAAAUCAACCGUAGUCAACUCAUUGCCAUUACUCCACAUACUUGGCCCGUUCUUCUUUCUAUGCUGGCCUGGCUAACUACUCUCAUUGAAACAGUCGAAGCAACUACCAUGCAAACAGAACCGGCCCUAGAAGAAGAGACUAAGCACCUAUUCUUCAACUACCUUUACAAUGAGUACUCAGCUUACAUGGAAGGUCGAGAUGAUGAUGAAACUGGAGAAAAGAGUAUAGAAGCUUCCCUAGCUGAAAUCAACAAAGAAAAGAUCAAAAAGAUCAAAGAGUAUCAAAACUAUAUCGAUCAAAUCAAAAGAGAAGUCCAACAACUAUCUGAAAGUGAAAAAGAAGCCGAAGAUCUUGAAGAGAAAAGAAAACAAACUCGUACUGAUAUGGAUAAACUAGCCGGUCUUAAGCACCAUAAUGAAAUCAGGCACCAGAAGUACAGCGAGUCCUUAGCCGAAGCCCAAAACAUUCUCAAUCGGACUUUAGACGAACUAGCUGAUAUGUACCAGACUAAGGCCCGUUUAGAAGAAGAGAUUAAGCUGCAACCUAUUAAACCUGAAGAUAUUGCUGAAAUGACUGAAGAAAGAGAUUCCUUAAUUAAAGCAAUGGAGGAGGCUAAGAAGGCUAAAACUAUUUUGAUUCGUGAGAUAGAGCAUUUAAACCAGUCAAUUCGUAGUUCAGUCGAGGAGGCUGAGAAACUUAUUUUUGAUCUAUCUAAUAUUCCAUCUUCCUUAGAGAUUCAUUUACGGAUUCACAAAACCAAAGUACAAACUGAUCUCUUGGAGUAUGACGAGUAUGCGAUUGAAGGUAAUAUUGAGGAAGAGCAUCUUAAAGUGCGGGAGUACUUGCAGAGCUUUACUAAGGCAGUAGCUGAGGUGGAAAGUCAGUUGGCCACUGAGAAGGAGCGAGCGCAAGUUCUGCAGGAACGAGAUAAGGCCUGGCAGGAAGAGAUAAGCCAGAAGAAAGAGCGGGUUAAAGUACAUGCUCAGGUUUAUAUUGAGAAGAAAGAAGCUUCUGAGGAAGAGUACCGUAGAGCGGUAGGUCGAGUAGAUAAGGCCGAAACAGAACUACUUAAGAUUAUGGCUGAUGGAGAUAACGGUCUUUUUCAAAGCGAGCAAAAUCUGGAGCGGCUUAAGAUCAAAAAGGGCCGGGCGCUCAGUAAGAUAGCAGCUGAAGAAGCCGAGUUGCAAAGAAUUACAGCUUUAAUCUCAGCCAACAUUUACAGUCUUAAAGAAAGAGUUAAAGAAGCAUAUGCCUCGCUCUCUUAA